CGAGGAAAAUGCGGAGGAAAGUUUGAGAAAUAAUAAAACGCGGCAAGUUGUGCGACACUCUACCACGCAUACACGCGCAUACAUAUAUAAUAUUGAACAAUAUUUGUGCUGCUUACUUUUUUGUUGUUGUUUGCUUCGUCAAGUCGGUUGAUACAAGUGCAUAAACAGGAAGUUCUUCGGUCCAAAGCGAAGAAAACACCUCCAAUCCACAGAAGCAGAAGCAACAACUGUAUUUUUGUUGAUAACAGAAACCAGAAGCUAUUUGAAGCUCAACCCAAUCACCACAGAAAAUCGAAGAAAUCAAAAAUGGCCGAGGCUAACAAGAGGAAUAUCCCCAUCAAACUGGGCGACUUCAGCGUCAUCGAUACGGAGUUUAGCAACAUUCGGGAAAGAUUUGACUCCGAAAUGCGCAAAAUGGAGGAGGAGAUGGCCAAGUUCCGUCACGAGCUGAUGAACCGGGAGGCAAACUUUUUUGAGUCCACAAGCUCUACUAAAAAAACUACAACAACAACCAGCUCAACGACAAACUCGGCGCUGCCAUCGCGAAUCCCCAAGCAACAGAACUACGUGUCCGACAUUAGUUCACCCUUGAUACAGGAUGAAGGCGACAACAAAGUGCUAAAGCUUCGCUUCGACGUCAGCCAGUAUGCGCCCGAAGAAAUAGUGGUGAAGACCGUUGACCAGAAGCUAUUGGUGCAUGCCAAACACGAAGAGAAGUCCGACACAAAGAGCGUAUACAGAGAAUAUAACCGUGAAUUUCUGCUGCCAAAAGGCGUGAAUCCCGAGUCCAUCCGCUCGUCCCUCAGCAAGGACGGAGUGCUUACUGUAGAUGCGCCGUUGCCAGCCCUCACCGCUGGCGAGACAUUGAUUCCUAUUGCGCACAAGUAAAAGCCAUCACCCCAUACCACAAUUCGGCGCGAGAGAUGAAGGAUCAGAUUAUCAUCAUGCCGAUAACAUUGGAAUAUCCUAUCAAAAUGAUUAACUUGUUUGGUUCUGACUUAAAGCUAUAAUAUGAUACUGACUUACUACUCAUAAUUAACUUAAAUGUAAUGCAAAUUAUUAUUAAAUUUGAUUAAAUUAAUUCAUAUUUAUAUGUUCGCAAUUAAACGUAAUCAUUUGUGUCG